AUGUCGAGCGGCAUUCUUACGGCAGAUAUUACCCAAGGGCCUUUUCCAGUUGCUCCAAAUGCGGCUCAGAAUGAGCGAACACGACUUAUAAACGAUGCGUUGUCCAGUGACGCCUGGUCAUCGCAGUGCAUAGAGGAACAACGGUUAGUCACGGUCCAGCAACCACUGCUGUUCCAAGUAUGCAUGAUAGAGAACAUUGGACGCCCAAAGGCAGGUCAAUUGGACGUCUUACGCUCGAGAAUUGAUCCUAGAACGCAGCGAGUGGAUCGUGUCAGUACAUCGACGGACAGGCAUCUCGUCACAGCAGUGGACGUCGAUACAGAUGCACCCGUCGAUCUGCAAUCACAAGGGACUGGCAGAUCGACGUUCAAACUUACUUUGCAAGACAAAACAGGAGCCAUGUACUUCGCAAUCAACAUGUCACCAUUGAAUUUUCUAAAAAACGAUGGCAGUUCAUGCGUGUUGGGCUCGAAAUUGGUGGUUUUACCUGGUACUAUCUUUAGUCGUGGAGUUUUCCUUCUGCGAGAUAGUACCGUAACGUUUAUGGGCGGAAUGAUUCAAACCUGGAACCGUGGCCGCGAUCAAAAGAUGUGUGCUUAUCUGGAGGCACAUUUAGAGGCAAGCGAUCGCGUCGAAACGGGCCCUUCAAGAAAGCGAAAGAACCCGGCCACUUAA